AUCCUCAGUCCUCACUUCCUUCCUCUGUGCCAUUUCUUCCAUUCCAUAUUUAUGUACUCGAUUUCUUGCGAUGGAUGGAGAUGAAUAGUUUUAAUUAACAGUUUUAAUUCUGCUCUUGCACUACAAUAAGUAAUUUGUGUAGGAUUAAACAUCAAGACAGUAAUCAGCGAUUUCUAACACAAAUCAGAGUUCCGCAUAUAUAUUGGCAGCGCUAAAGCAGUGACCUUAUUUUAAUUUCUUCAUUACUGCAACGAUUGUUACGGUUUAUAUUAUCGAUUUUAGACUUUUUUGUGCGAGAUUAUUGUUUUAUGCCGUUCGAUUUAACAGUGUGUGAAGGAACAGGCGUUGAAGAGGCAAAUUUUUUGUGCUGUAGUGUCAAUUAAGAGGGAGCCGUGUCUUGGGGAAAAAGCACCCCGGGCACUACGGUGGCCCCAGAUACACCUGUGCCAGCGCCCCAUCCACCCGGUGGGUGAUGAGCGGCGCGCGUGUUGUUGCAGGGGUGCUGGAGAUGACGGGCAGCGACAGCGUCCGCUUCAGCGGGCACACCCUAGACAAGGCCACCAAGGCCAAGGUCACCCUUGAAAACUUCUAUACGAAUCUCAUCGCCCAGCACUAUGAGAGGAAACAGAGACUGGAAAAACUCGAAGAGUCUCUCAAAGAUGAGAAUCUCACAGAGAGUCAGAAGCAGGAGAAGCGGCAGCAGCACGCGCAGAAAGAGACAGAAUUCCUCAGGCUGAAGCGAUCGCGUCUCGGUGUUGAAGAUUUCGAGCCGCUCAAGGUGAUAGGACGCGGAGCGUUUGGCGAGGUGCGGCUCGUGCAAAAGAAAGACACUGGGCACGUGUAUGCUAUGAAAAUACUAAGGAAAGCGGACAUGCUUGAAAAAGAACAGGUGGCGCAUGUGCGAGCUGAACGCGACAUCCUUGUUGAGGCGGAUCAUCAGUGGGUGGUGAAAAUGUACUACAGUUUCCAAGACCCCAUGAACCUGUACCUCAUCAUGGAGUUCCUUCCUGGAGGCGAUAUGAUGACGCUACUCAUGAAGAAAGAUACUCUUAGCGAGGACUGCGCACAGUUCUACGUGGCCGAGACCGCGCUCGCCAUCGACAGUAUACACAAGCUAGGCUUUAUACACAGGGACAUAAAGCCUGAUAACUUGUUACUGGAUGCGCGCGGACAUAUCAAACUUAGUGAUUUCGGUCUUUGUACCGGCCUCAAGAAGAGCCAUCGCACAGAUUUCUACCGCGAUCUGUCUCGCGCCACUCCCUCCGAUUUCAGUGAGUAUCUACCACAAUGGAUUUACAACACCCAGUCAGUAUCGACGUCAUCAUCGGCAAUGGAUUCAAAGCGUCGCGCGGAGUCUUGGAAACGCAACCGACGUGCGCUCGCCUACUCCACAGUAGGAACGCCUGAUUAUAUCGCACCUGAGGUCUUCUUGCAGACCGGCUACGGCCCACAGGCGGACUGGUGGAGUCUCGGCGUUAUCAUGUACGAGAUGCUGAUUGGAUACCCGCCGUUCUGCUCCGAGUCUCCGCAGGAGACGUACCGGAAGGUGAUGUCGUGGCGCGAGUCCCUCACCUUUCCGCCUGAGAUACCGAUCAGCGAGGAUGCCCGGGAGACCAUACUGCGCUUCUGCUCCGAACCAGAUCGCAGACUGGGCUCUCAGCGCGGCAUCGAGGACGUGAAGUCUGUGAACUUCUUCCGUGGCGUAGACUGGAGCCACGUGCGAGAGCGUCCCGCCGCCAUCACUGUGGACGUGCGCUCCAUUGAUGACACAUCCAACUUUGACGAUUUCCCCGACGUCAAGCUGGAAAUACCGGCGGCGCCUAUAUCACAAGAGGGCGAAGUGGCGUACAAAGACUGGGUGUUCAUAAACUACACGUUCAAGCGCUUCGAGGGCCUGACGCAGCGCGGCACGCCCACCAAGAAAUGAGCCUCCCUCAUCACAUAGAGAACGCUGCUGCCGGAGCCCGCAGCCUACACCGCCGCCGACAUCACCCUGCCGAAUGUAAUCCACCCCCCGCCCCCGCCCCUGCCUUCUCUCUCUUACCCCACCACCCCCAGCAACAGGCGGCCCACACGCUCGGGUGUAUUCGAUUGUGCAGCAUGUACUAUUCUGUGAUUUACACAGUCGGUGUUCCAGUGAUCACGUAUUUACGACUAAAACGUGUGGAUUUUUAUUAUAAAACAAUAUUUAAUUAAGCAGUCAAUACAACACACAAAUGUUAUGAUUGUUUGUAUUUUAUUAGAUGUGUUGUAUGUAAGAUAUGUGUUGUGUAACGCGAUGCGCGAUGCGCGUUGGACGGUGACCUGACUGUCCGCUCUCGCCGCUCUGUGCAUCGGCAUGCGCCAGUGCAGUCACUGUCUCUCUCACUGUCUAUCUUCUAUCCUUUUCCGUCGUAAUCUGUUCUGAUUUCAUUUCGAGCAUCUCUAAUUAUGUUAUUCGAAGCUCACCUGGAUUGUAUAAAAACGUGCAUCAAAAUUAAUAAAAAAAAAGUAUUUUUCGAAUGGUGGUUACAUCUGUCUAUUGCAAAGAAAUUAUUUACAUUUGACAGCAGCGAGAUUUUCUUUAUUUAUACACACUAUACGUAGUUACAUAUGAAUUAAUUGAAGGCUAUUGUUGAGGUGAUAUUGAUAGCGGCGGGUGCGCCUCGCCCAACUGUAUCCCCGGCACCGCCUCUACAUCCAUUCACAUACGCCUCCCGAUAUUAUUCUUUUUAAUUAUGUGUAAUUAAUUAUUAAUGAAUUGCAAUAUGGCUUGUUUAGUGUUAGUCUAUUAAAAAGGCAUUUGUAGCUAUCGCCAGGAGUUUGGGAAGGGGCAUAUCUCGGCAUAUGUGAAUAUGUAUAGUUUAAGCUAAAAUGUUUUAUAACAUAUUUCAAGACGUACAAUGUAACGUGCCCUAACUCUACGCCCCGUCCCAUCUCUUCCUUGCCAUUUCUAUUGUUUGUUAUUUCAAGGGCAUUUAUAUAUUAUUUCAUUCAAAAUUAUUCCAAUGUAACACAUGUGUAUGUAAGACGGUUAAAUUUGGAAGUGCUUGUUUUAAUGGGGAGAAAAACUGAAAGCUUGUAACUAUGUUGAACUAGCGUCAGGACUGGACUGUCAUCUGUUAAACUUUAUACAUCUUUUCAGCGAUUAAAAGGAAUAUAUUCCUUUUAUAAUAUUUUUAUGAACUUCUAUGAAACAUCUAUAAACAAUUAUAAAAAACAAUGUUUAUUUUUGAUUUUUUAAAAUAAAAUUUGACCUAACAAAGGGCAACCUAAAUGUUAUUCACGUGAGUCCAACUAUAAAAAAUUAUAGUUAAAGGUAUUUUUUUUUCCGGUUGAAGAUUUGCUGGAAAAUAUCUUUUAACUUUAUGUUUUUAUGACAAAAACAAGUUUAACCAAUUUAUUCAUGACGCAAAAUAUCUGUCAUUUCCAGGUGUACCCGAACAGUUAAUCUAGUUAUAUUCUUAGUGUGUAAAUUUGAUGGAAUUCUUUGCUAUGACUGCAGUCUACAUAGUACUUUGUGUUUAUAUAAAGUGUUUUUUGUUUAUCUGUGGUACAUUUAGCGCUACUUCCAUUCUUGAUGCUGACAUGUAUAGUUAGCAAAAGGCAGUUUUUCUCCCCAUUGAUAUAUGUGUUACCGCACCGCGCCGCUUCUCCGGUCCACAUAUAUUUAUGUACAUAACUGUAUAGUAACGUAUCGUGUGGUUUGUACGCCAGCACUCACUUCACUUGGAAAUCCGUCCAAAGGUUAGGUUACUGCCACAACAUAAAAGUUAUUUAGCCGACACUAUUUGCUUUUAAAAGAUAUAUUUAUUUCCAUUUUAAUACUAAAUUAAACAAGAAAAUCUAAAUCGAAGUACUAAAUAGUUCAAAAAACAAGCACGUCUGAUUUAAAGGACAAUUUUAGAUUAGUUAAUUGCUUAUGUUUUUCAAUGUGCGCGACUCGUUUGUUUGUUUGUUUGCUAAUUUUACUUGUUAAUGUGAUACUUUACACACUUUCAUAAUAAUGUAAAUAUUAUUUGUAUCUAUCUAUAUUGGACCAAUAAUAAUCUAAAUUAACAAAAGUCACACAUUGUAUUUAAUGUCACCGUGUACGUGUACGUGUGCCCCAGCAGUGGAGAGGUUAAUGUGUUGCGAAAUAUUGAAAAACAUAAAGGUUUAUUUGUCCAUGACAGUUUACCUCAGUUCGCCUUUGAUAGCGGGAAUUUAUAUAUAGUUCAUUCUCGUCUCUUAGUGCGUCGCUUACAUUUAUUAUUAUUAUUCUAACAUCAUGCAUCAUUAAUCAAAUUUACUAUCUUUGCUUUCAUUACCUUUAUAAGCUAAAAACAACUUUAAAAACUCUGUCUAUCUCUGCCAAUAUAGGUAAAGGACGGCAUCUUUCGUCGUCCGUCUACUAACAUAUAAGAUACGCCGGUAUUUAUGUGUUAAAUAAGAAAAUAAUUUUAGAUAUAACACGAGAACAAGUAGUUUGUACGUCUGCAGUUGUGUGGCAGCCGAGGAUGAUGCGCGAACAUUCUUCGAACAUGCGCAGCGCAUUUAAUUACGUCGCUCUCUUAGCGUUAUCAACUCGAUGUAAUGCCCUCGCGACAAUUCAUGUAUUUGGAUAGUUUAAAUAGUUUAUUGAUGUGAUUCAACCAUAUUAAUUGUGAUGUUUUGGUGUUUAUAGCGAUGUGAAUAUGUGCUUAGGUUAGCUGGUGUGCGCAGGGCGCGCGGGGGUGGGGUCCGUUCCUCGCUCCCCGCCCCCGCCCCCCCGCCUCCGCAGCACACCGCCGCGUGCGCCGGUCACACGAUGACCCGCUCACAGCUUUGUACAUAGCACUCCA